AAAAACACUUGUUAAUUUUCUGUCUCUAAGUUGGUACCAUUGCACGCAUCACACGAAAGCAUCACUUUUGAGAGUGCUCAAUUGUGCGAAGCGUUGCUGUAGUUGGAACACUCAACGUUAAGCAUUAUGCCGCAUAAUGCGCAAUAAUGCUGUAAUUGGAAAGCAACCCUUGAGGCCAAAUAUGAGACAAGAGGUAAAUAAAACCAAAAAUCAUAAAAAGGUUUUUUAAUAGGUCGAUUUUUAUACGCAUCAUUAAAAAAAUACAUUUAAAAACCCUAAAACUGUAGCUGUUCCCGCAUUAUAAUACUGCAAAUUGAGAGGAGUGAUAAAGUGAAUCAUUUACGUUGCAAACGUGAAAUUUUGGAAUCAGCCUGGUUACACAGGUCAUCUUUAAAAAGAAUAGUAUCACCACAGUUAAUGACCAUUUUUUAUCUCUGCAAGAAUAAUUAUGACGGGAAAAAAUUUGAGUCAUCUUUGACAAUUUUCGUUGCUUGUAACGUCAACUAGCCUUGGUCCUGUACAUUACUUAAGAUUUAUAUUUCUUAUUGGUAUUUUCAUCUACUAUUUAUUUUUUAUCGCAUUUAAGAAUGUAUUUUAUUUUCAGUGACGUGUAAACAAAAUCAACGAAAAUGUCUGUGUACAAAUAUAUGGCCGGGAUCGUUGACACGAUCACUGGCGGCGAAGAGGAUGACAAUUACGACCCCCAUCAGCAUCGCAAAAUUCAGAGGCCAACCUCAUAUGCGGACACCAUGAUCCAUUUGCUAAAAGGCAGCAUAGGAGCGGGCAUCAUGGCUAUGCCCAGCGCUUUCAAUCGUAUGGGAUUAAUCGCUGGAUCGAUUGGCAUGAUAUUAGUCGGAAUCUUUGCCACAUACUGCAUACAACUCCUUAUAUCGACACAAUACGAGUUGUGCAAGAAGUGGCGCCGUGGCUACAUUGGAUACCCAAAGUCGAUGAGGCUAUCCAUUCAAGACGGUCCACCCUGCCUGCGAUGGUCUGCGGGGUUAUUUUACUACUUUGUGGAACUAGUCCUGACUAUCUGGCAACUCGGCAUUUGUUGUAUUUACAUCAUCUUCGUCGCAGAGAAUGUCAAACAGGUUUGUGACUACUAUGACUACGUGCAUUCCCUAAGGAUGCAUAUGGUCUUCCAACUGCUUCCUCAGAUCUUAUUGAACUUGAUAAAAACGCUGAAGCUUUUGACGCCACUUUCAACUAUCUCAAACUUGUGUACGAUGUUGGCCUUCAUCCUUGUAUUCUUUUACCUCAUAGAAGAAGAUGUGACAGUAAGCAAAGAAGAUCUGAUGUUAAAAAAUUUUUUAGAUAUACCCAUAUUUAUUGGAAUAACGCUAUUUGCACUAGAAGCUGUUGGAGUGGUAUUGGCGCUUGAAUACAAUAUGGAGAAUCCAAAACAUUUCGUCGGACUAUUCGGCUUAUUCAACAUCGGCAUGACCAUCAUAGUCGUUGCAUAUUCACUUAUUGGUAUCUUUGGUUUCCUGAAAUAUGGUUCGACUAUCCAAGCCUCUAUAACACUUAACCUACCACAGGACCAAAAGAAAGCACAGUUCGCGAAGGUUAUUUUGGCUUUGGCCAUAUUUCUGUCAUUUCCGCUGCAGAACUUCGUUGCGUACACCUUGAUAUGGCGAAAGAUUAAGAAGAGACUCCAUCAUGCUCAGAAGACUGUCGUGGACUACACGUUGCGAGUAACAUUAGUGUUAUUACCCUGGGGUCUAGGUAUGCUGAUGCCAUUCCUCGGUCCGUUCAUCGCGUUGUUCGGCGCCUUCUGCCUUUCGCUGCUGGCGAUUGUGUUCCCUGGGAUGAUGAGCUCCUGCCACUGGUACCCGGACCGAUAUGGCCGGUGUUACUACAGGCUGCUGCGUGACUCUACCGUGAUCAUACUGGGACUGUUGAUGCUCGUUGCCGGCUGCUAUACGAGCGUCCUCGAAAUCCUCGAGUCAUGAUUGGAAAAUGUUUAUGGACUUCAUGGCAAUAAAGUACAGUUUGUAUUAAUUAGGGUGAAAGUUUAUAUCAAAUUGGCUGUAUGGGUCUUGCUUAAGGUUUGGGUUCUGUAAUAUUGAUUGCAAUAAAACAGUAUGAGUUCGACAUGCGCUUAUGUCUCAUUUAAAGUAUAUGUAGUAUUUUUCCCCUGUUCCCAGUAGUCUUACCAGUUGAACUACUGGAAAUUUACUUCCCAAUAGACUUACUAGUAAGAUCACUGGGAACUUUGCACCCAGUAGAAUUACCAGUCAAAUAAAACACCCAACACUUUAAUGUAGAUCUCUAGGUAAUUGAUAGAAUAACUACGUAAUUUGAAUCUAUGACCCAAGAUAAAUCAAGAAUUUUCCAGUUCGCUCAGAAUUCAAUAUGCUGCCGAGUGAAAGAUACGGGCAGCAUAAACGUUGCUGUACACUGCACACUUUCACUGCUAUAAAUGCCUUUGGUGCUUAAUCUAAUAUAAGGUUUGGAUUGACGGAAUUUUCAAAAAAGAGAAUUUGUGAAUAUUAGUUUAUUUAAUUAAUACAGUGUCAUUUUUGUUUUUUGUCAAAUUAUAAUAUUUCGUUUUUUG